UUUAAGUUUGCAUUAAAUAUUUUUUAGGAAAUUUUCAAGGUUAAUUUUCUUUUUCUGAAAGAAAAUGAAAUCUCAAAAGAGAAAACAUGGAGGAAUAUAUUGAGCUUCUGUUUCUGAAGGCUUACUUAAAUUAAACUGACAUAAAAAUUAAACACAUAUUAGAGAUAUAAAAAGAGUUUUAGGCAAAAUCUGAUUAUUACUAAUUAUUUUGUUAUUGUUUAUAUAAAUUUCAGUAUAUUCUCAUGUAUAUAUUUAUUGCUAACUGCAAAAUUUCAUAGUAUUUGAUAGGGCCUUGAAAUGGUAUACUUGUCACACCGAAUCUUUGACACAAACCAUUUAAAUAAAAGACGCCCCUAAUCAAUUGUGAUUAUCUCGAUUUAACAUUAGGGGAAAAAAUGAAGCAUAAAGAUCAUUAAGUUCUAACUUAACAAAAGUUGUAACUAAUUUAAAUCGAAACGGAAUAUAUACUCACUAGGGUGUCCCUUAAAUUUCAAGUUCGAUAUAUUUUCACGCAUACCUUCUCAAAGGUUUCGUACUGACCUCAUAUAGUCUAGAAAAAAAUAUAAGCCCGAUUUAUAAGCGAUAACCCGUGCCGACUUGCGAUUUUAACUUGCCAGUGCAAGUUACGCGGGUACAGCCCUGCAAGCUGUAACUACGUGUUUUAUUGUCAUUUCAUACCUAAAUUUUAAGGUUGAUAGUUCGUGAUUGUUUAUUGCGUAAAGAUGUCUGCAGAAUUACGGAGUGAUAAACAAAAUAUUUUCCUUAUCGGACUGCCUACCCACCAAAUAACUGGUGCAAAAUUACCGUCUGCUCGACAAGUUCUUGCAGUCCUAUUUUACAAUAUUCGUGAAGUCAAGCUGACCGUUAGUGAAAGUGCAAAUCUUGUGAUAAGAGAGUGCAUUAUAUUUUGGGAAAAAGCAAGAAUUCCCACUAAGGCAUUUCCUAACUGUGUGAAGAAACUUGUUGAUUUAUAUCAUGUUUGGAGAGAGCUGCAAAAAAAUUGUAAGAAAACUCAGGUCACGUUCAAGAACCGUGAAAAUAAUUUUAAAAUAGACCUUGAUAACUUAUUCGAUAUUGCACAUGCCGAUGCCUUUGAGAAAAUGAAAAUAGAGGAAGACAAAGUAUUUCUUAAGAAACAAAGAGAACCAGGUCGACCGGGGUGUUUAGGUGGUGUAGACAAAAAAUUGGCGGAGAAAGAAGAAAGAGUUAGGCAAAGACGAUUGAAAGAAGAGGAAAGGAAGGCAAAACAAAUAGAGUUAUUGACUGUUGCAUCUACUUCUAUUGUAGAUAACUUGGAAUGUUUAAAAGAUUUGGACGAAGAACAGAUUCCGAAUUCGAACUCAGCAUCCUGGACAUUCCCAACCCUGAAAAAAGUUCAAAAAGAGGUAGAAAGAAUCUCAUUACUCCUAAACUUGUCGCAGCUUUAGAUAGAUGCCAGUUAAGCAUACGAGACUCCGUUUACAUUCUUCAUGCGGUCGUAGAAGCGCUUGGUUUGAGCGUCGAUGAUUUCCCUAUCAACAAAUCCUCGAUUCAACGAAUUCGUACACAGACGAGAAAAUCUAGGGCAAAAGCAAUAAAAACGGACUUUCAGAACAACUUACCUGAAGUAGUCACAGUCCAUUGGGAUGGAAAACUAUUACCUGGAAUAAAUCUACGAAGUUCUAAAGAAGAACGUUUGCCAAUUAUUGCUUCAUUUGAUGAUAGAGAACAGCUUCUUGCAGUACCUAAACUAGAGAGUUCAUCUGGAAAACAUCAAGCUAAAGCCGUUUCUACUGCUCUAUUUGACUGGAACCUUCAUAAUAAAGUACAAAUAAUGUGCUGCGAUACAACAGCUUCGAAUACUGGCCGUUUUAAUGGAGCUUGCGCUGUUUUGGAACAGACUUUAGAAAGGGAACUAUUACUUUUCGCUUGUCGUCAUCAUGUUUAUGAGUUGGUCCUAAAAACAGUUUUUGAAACCAAGAUAAAGCAAGUUACUAGUAGCCCAGAUAUUCCAAUCUUCAAAAAGUUACGUGACAAUUGGAAAAACAUCGACUCCAGUGACAUUAAAGUACCUCUGUCUAUCGUAAAAAAACAUGUUUCUGAGGCAAAUAUUACAUCUUUGCUAAUGUUUUAUAAGUUAGAAUUGGACAAAAAUUUUGUUAGAGACGAUUACCGGGAACUCGUUGAACUAUGCGUUAUGUUUUUUGGGUGGAGAUACAGAGAAGAAAUUAAAACUCAGGCCUCCCGGAGCUAUGCAUCAAGCACGAUGGAUGGCGAGAGCGAUCUACUCUUUAAAAAUAUGUUUGCUUGAGUCCCAAUUGAAAAUGAUUGCGAAGGAUAAAAAGGAUCUACAAGAUGUUUGCUUAUUUAUCGUCACAUUGUAUGUUAAGCCGUGGCUCGAAUGUACAGUGGCAACAAAAGCACCUAACCAAGAUUUGUGCUUCUUGAAGGCAUUAAAUCACUACAAAAAAGUCGAUGCAACUAUUUCUAAUGCUUCUAUAAACAAGUUUAGCCAUCACUUGUGGUAUUUGUGUGAAGAGACAGUCAUUCUAUCAAUUUUUGAUGAUGAAGUUGACGACCAAACUAAGAUAAAAAUGAUUGCCAACUUCCACAGGGACAGAAGCUCCGAUUUUGGCAAACGCUUUAUCCCAUCAAAAGAAGAACUAUCCCAAAAUUUGAUUGAUAUGACGCUCGAUGAUUUUGUUUCGGUAAAAAGCAAACAAUUUUUACCUCGACUACAGAUCGAUGACAGUUUUCUUCAGGAAGAUGUAUCUACUUGGAAGCAAAAUUCUGCUUUUUUGGAAGCUAAAAGAAGAAUAAGUCGUUUAAGGGUUGUAAAUGAUACUGCUGAGAGGGCUGUCAAAUUAAUGCAAGAUUUUAACGGACAUAUCACGGCUGAAGAAGAGCAAAAACAAUUCUUGUUACGCUGUGUCCAGGAACAUAGAAAUUUGUAUCCGGACUGUAAAAAAACUACACUUAAGAAUAAAUACCCUUGCUGAUUUUUAUUAUUUUAUGUAUUUAAAUAAUUAUUAAUAUAAGCCUUAUUUUAUUUUAACCCUUCUUUACUUAAUUUUUUUUCAUUGAUAGUAAUUUUAUACAGAGCGAAAUAUGAGGACAAAACGCGAUUUUUGAUAAACUUUGCGACUUGGUCGGCACGGGUUGUAAUCAACCUAGAAAGAUAAAAUUUCAUAUUUAAGUAUGUUUUAGCAUUCAUAAAAAAUGUAGAGGGUAUGCAUUACAAAUUUCUAAAAAAAAUUUUUUUCGCCAUAUAAGGGACACCCUAAUACUCACAUGUAUUUCAAUAACAUCGAUAUUGAAAAGCAGUAGGCAAGUACGUAACAUAGCUCUUCCGCUAAAGUAAUGUGUCGACAUCUGAGGAAGUGCACUUUAUUGGUGAAAAAGGUGAACUACGUAUAAUUCUCAAAAAGAAACUGCAGAUUGUAUGAGAAAAAAGAUUUAUAAUCAAAUCCAUUGGUUUUUUCGUGAUUUUAGCACACAUUUUUAAAAAGUUAUAAAAAUCCCACUUUUAUAAAGCGUUAAUAACCAAUAGCGGCUUUUGUCGCACCUUUCUUAAUAUUUCAUACGUUGUAUUUUGUCAGAAGGAAGAGAAAACUAAAUUUAGAUAAUUCUUGAUUUCAUUUAUAAAUGCUUGUUUUAAUAUAGGUACCUAUACAAUUUGUGUAACUUCAUUCCUUGUAUGUUUAAAAUAUUCCAUCUGAAUCCACAAUUAAACAUUACGCCUUAAAUUUAACUUUUAACACGUGCAAUAAAUUGUACUAAAUGUCCAAUACGAAGAUUACUUGAAAUCGGUGGCAAAUUUACAAAUAAAUACGAUGAUGGUUUUUUCUUAAUUUUUCCCUUUAAAUUUGGAUAACUAGAAGGAAUAGUUUAAAAAAAGAAAUAUAAUAUCUGAAAACCAACAAGCAAGAGAAUGGUCCAAUGUGGAAAAUUAAAACUUCUAUGAAAAUAAAUAGACUGCUUUGUGUUGUUUGCUCAUCAUUAGCUGAGAAGAAAUGCACCACAGACAUGGUCCAUAUCUAUCUAAUUAUAUGUAAUUGUAUCACUUAUCACACCGUUUUUGCUUUGCAGUCACAGAGUAUAAAAAUAGGAUAGUAAAAUUUAGAAGUGACCACUAAAAUAUUUAAAUAAAAAGUGGGAAGAUUGCGUAGGUAUAUUGUCGCGGGUGUUACCGUUUAAUCAGAAUAUUUAAUUAAAAAUCACCAAUUUUGUGGAAGUGAACAAUUAUGGUGUAACGACGUAUUAUAAAUUACCGUAACAUUUUUAAUGUCACCAAAAUUAAAGUGUAAGUUCAAUGCCCCAUUGACACAAUAUCCAUCAUCUAAAUUAAGACGGGCUCAACUAGUUAUCCAUAUUUACUAAUUUCUAAAAUUAUAAAAAUUUACAGUUAUAUAGUGAAAUUAUAUAUGUAUUUUUUAAGUAAUUAAAAGAAUUAUAUUUGAAAGGAAGCCUUUGGAUCACCAUUUAUUCGAUAGGCGCUUAUGUAUCUUUUAACUAGGCUUUUUGUCUUUUAAUGGUACAUUUCUGCUUUUAGAUCUUUAACUAUUGAAAUUAAAAUUCUUAGAUUUUUAAAUUAUUAAAUUUACCUAUUGCUUAUGCCCAUCACCUCACGGUUGAGCUACUUUCUUAAUUUGGGGGUCAUGACUCCAUGGAUUACUCUUGUAGAUAAAUGCCAGUUCAGCUUCUAUUACUAUUAUGAUCAUAAUUUACUUAAACUUUACAAUUGAUUUGUAAAGACUUGUUUAUAGUUUUAAAAUACUUUUUUU